CCCAUCAUUCAAUGCAGCACAAAAUGGCCGAAUCUUUGUGUUCGGUUCAGUGUUACUGAGCUUAUUUUCUAUUUGUUGAAUUACGUUUAGAAAUAACGUUAUCAAUUUUAAAAUAUAUAUAUUUUUUUUGUGUUAAAAAAAACUACAUAAACAAAGCGUAUGUGGUUUAUUUACAGUUACCAUGGCAAUUUGAAUUGUUUGCGAAGAACGAAAAGUGGUGGCAUUUAAUUCGACUAUAUUUGUUGUUUAAACCGAAACACAGUCGUAGUAAAACAUGGCGUCUUUGGUAGCCAAACGUGAAGGACCGCAGUUCAUCAGCGAGGUGGCUGUCAGGGGGAAUGCCGGAGUGCUGGAUUACUGCAGGACCUCGGUGUCUGCCUUGUCGGGAGCCACAGCGGGCAUUCUUGGUCUGACUGCAUUGUACGGUUUUGUCUUCUACUUCCUUGCCUCGUUCCUCCUCUCUCUCCUCCUUAUACUCAAAGCUGGUCGAAAGUGGAAGAAGUCUUUCAAAUCGAGAAGAUUGCUGUUCACCGGGGGGCUUGUGGGAGGCCUCUUCACUUACGUCCUUUUCUGGACUUUCCUUUAUGGCAUGGUGCACGUGUACUAAUCGUACAGCAUUUAAAUACACAGUCUUCACCAAAUGUAAGGACAGUUGGUCACGUUAAGUUUGGGAUUUUAGUACAUUUUUACUGCCUGUAAUUGCUAGUACAUAAUUUGUUAGGUAUCCCAUGUAGGUUUUACUAAUUAAAACCAAACUUGACAUGUUUUGUCUUUUUUUUCCUGAUCUUGUGCAUUACAUUCAAAUGUGAAACUACAGUAGUACAGUAAUAAUUGCCUUCCCAGUUUGAAAUGGUUAGUUUCUAUUUAACAUUUAUCAAACAGUGUAUGAUUCAUGAUGUCUGAAUCAAAAUCUAUAAAAUAAAUAAGGUUAUUAAAAUUAAGAGAAAAAUAAAUAAAUAAAUGCUUGAUCUCCA